AUGGGAGUGCAAUUAGCAGCAGAGCAGGCAGGGUUCGUUGAAAUGGAGAAUGUUAUUUUCACAGAUUCAGAGUUGGUGCAUCAUGUAAGGGACGCCCUCAGAGCUGCCCUCUUGGGAGACACUGACAAUUAUAACCAGCUAGUUGGCGUGUUGCACCACAGUGAACGCCUAGCUCCCGAUGAGGUGGCCCUUCUUGUGGCUGCAUCCAGUGGGAAAUAUGUUGAUUUAUGCUUGGAUAUGCUCGUAAGCAAUUUUAUGCCUCCUUAUUCUUUCCUAGAAUCGCUGAAGGAGCCUCGUGGUAUUGCAAGAAAGGAUCAAGUUCUUGAUCGUGUGCAUUUAGCACUGAAAGACAUUGCUGAUUUAUUGCCUCUUAUCCCUUGGAGAUUGGAGAAAAUAAUCAUUGAUAGAAUGCCAAAUAUAUAUACAAAAGAACCUUUGAUCGUGAUAUAUGUGGAGAACAUGUUAAGGUUGGAGAGUGGUCCCAUGGGAGAACUUGUUGGGAGCAUGAUGAUUACUGCAGUGAUGGAUAGGCUGAUAGAUUUGGAUGUGGAAAUACCAUGGGAGGAAAUUUUACAGGAUGAUUCCAAUAAAGGCAUCUUUGAGAUGGAGCUUGAAGAUUUGGAAGUCUCUGCAUAUUAUGCUGAGAAUGACGGUGAUGAGAAGCCCCUUGACAGACAGGCAUAUAGAACAGUUUCAGCCCUUCUCUUGGCACCAUCAAGAGUUCGUCCUGAUGACUGUGUGUAUUUCCCUACUCAAUAUGGAGGAAGGUUGACGUUGUCCUUAAGUUAUACAGAAAUUAAUGUGGAACUGCAACUUCCAAGGGAAUUUUUGAGGCAAAGGCUAUUUGGGGGAAACUUAGUUGCUGAAAAAUUAGAUAGCUUGCUGGUGCUCACACUGGAACACCUUAAAUCCUGUAAUGAUGGUGGCCGUUUGAUUCAAGUAUUCGAAUGUCUCCUCCAGUCAUUUGACAAAACUGUUUUGACUGCUUACAAAUCAAAAUUUACCCAGUUUGUAGUGUUCUAUGUCUGUUCACUAGAUCCUGAAAAUUGUGGAAAGAAGUUUGCGAGUAUGCUUGCAAAUAUUUUUAUGAAUGAUGUCUAUGCCGAAAGAAGGAUGAGUGCUGUUGCUUAUCUUGCUAGUUAUUUGUCUCGUGCAAAGUUUCUACCCCCGUCAUAUGUUGCUACCAUGUUGGAAAGUCUGGUAGAUUGGUGUUCAGAUUAUUGCAAAAGCCAGGAUGGUGACGUUAAUCCAAAAGCACAUAGAGUGUUUUAUUCCGGAUGUCAGGUAUGUGAUGAUUUGACACCACCUCUGAUUAUUCCCAGAGCUUAA